AUGUCCUCAUACCUCUGGUUUCUUUCCAGCUCUUUUCAUCGUUCACAUUUUCUCACGGCCGGCCUUGACCUCUCUCGUCUGUUGCUUGCCGAUUACAAUCUCUUCCGUCUCCGAUAUCCUCCAUCCUCCACUAUGCCAUCCAGCCACACCUCCUCAAUGGAUAACAAUACCGGGAGCGAAGGCGGCUGGUCUGCUGGUCGUCCCCCGCACAACGAGAAGCCCUCGAGAGACGCCCGACUCGGCAUGUUCAGAGAUGACAAGGACUACAAACUCGCCCACCAAGUUUAUUACGGCGAACAGAGGCCACAGACCCUCGAGGCCAUGCUUGGCAAGCACUUGAACAAUCUGCCACGACCUUCUACGAAUGGGCAUUGA